CCACCCCCCACGCCCCAAAAAAAAAGAAGCCGAGGAAAACCCUUUUUGUUAGACUAAAAAAAUCAACAGCACCCUGCAGUCUUCUUGCUCCCGCCACGAGCCAUCCUCAACAGCAACACCAGCCUCCUUCUCUCCCUUGACCGUCAGUCGCCACCUUCACCAGCCCUUGACCAUACAAUUUACAUCUUCCUCUCGCCAUCUCCUCUCAAUCGUGAGCUACUGUGACCCAAACACCCUCAGCCACAACAACCCAAAACCAGCCACCAUCAGGAAAACCGACCUCCGCUGACCAGAGCCGCCUCUUUCUUUUCCAUGGUCUCUGCCUCAAAACCGACACUCUUUUUUUCUCUCCAUAAAACAGUGACCACGGAUCUCCUCCAUAACAACCUCCACAGCAGCCUCUUCCGCCCAACGGACACCACCAGCCGACACCAACACCUACAACGCGACAACCAUCCAAUGCCGCUCACCCCUGCAGCUGCAACAAAAAAAGAGAGACUGACAUAGUAGAGAAUCGGGAAGAAGAUAAAAUACCCCGUGAUUGUUUUGUGGAUUUUUAGUUUUGCAGGUGAUAUUGAUUCUCACUGCGGGCACAUCUUGUUCUCUUUCUCCGCGCCGUUUCUUGCUUCUAAUGUUAAAAAUUCCCAAUUUGAAUCCGGUACUGAAUAGCUCAUUGAAGUUUUUGGAAAAUCAAAACUCACUUUUACGGUUCAACUCCACAAGCACGGGCAACUGAACUUAAAAUCAGGCUAUGAAGUUUGGAGGGAGAUGAUACAUGCCUGCUCUUUUACCAAGGCUUUAAAUUUGAGGGCUUUAACAGCAAGGAGGUUAUUGAGUUUUGGUCUUGACCAUCCCAACAAGUGUUGUGUUAGCUCAAUAAGAAUGGAAUCCAGUAGUAAUUGCAACCUGAGGGCUAGCAGCAGCGAGUCAAGAGGUGCCUUGAUAGUUUUAGAAGGAUUGGAUCGUAGUGGAAAGACUUCACAAUCUAGUAGAUUACUGUCUUACUUGGAGGGACUAGGGCAUUCGACUGAAUUAUGGAGAUUUCCUAAUAGGAGUACUAGUGUUGGACAAAUGAUAUCUGCAUAUCUUUCGAACAAGUCAUGCUUGGAUGAUCGCACGAUCCAUCUUCUUUUCAGUGCAAAUAGAUGGGAAAAGAGAUCAUUGAUGGAAACUCAACUGAAAAAUGGAACCACUCUUGUUGUUGACCGUUAUUCUUAUUCUGGAGUAGCCUUUUCAUCUGCAAAAGGACUUGAUAUUGAAUGGUGCAAGGCACCAGAGGUUGGCUUGCUGGCUCCAGAUAUUGUUUUGUACCUUGACAUACCACCAGAGAAAGCUGCUGAAAGAGGAGGCUACGGAGGUGAAAGAUAUGAGCAACUUGAGUUUCAGAAAAAAGUUGCAAAAUGCUAUCAGGCCCUGUGUGAUUCCUCCUGGAAGGUCAUUGAUGCUUGCCAACCCAUUGAAGAUAUUGAGAAACAACUGCAAGAUGCUGUCCUGGAUCAUGUCAGGGCAUGUGAAAGAGGGAGACCCCUCUCCUAUCUGUGGCCUCGUUAAUUUUUAUCGUGGAUGGUUUUAAAUGCUUAUUUGACAAAGGCAACUCAAAUGUUCGAUGAUGUGUGGUUGGUUGUGUUUUAUAUUUCGUGUUCAAAUAUUGUUUUCAGCUUUCCUUUUCCUUAUACAUUGAUGAUGGCAUAACAUUAUGGUUUAUUUUUCAUCCUGAGCUAACGUCUGGUAAUGUAGUUACCUCUUUUACUUUGA